UAGGACAGGUUUUUAAUACACCAAGUAUGACCAGGACAGGUAAAACCGAAAAACCAAACCAUACCAAUCCAAUUAUAUUUGGUUUGGUUUGGUUUGGUUUGGUUGGGCUUAGACAAAAAGACCAAACCAAACAAUCCAAUUAAAUUCGUUACGAUUGGAUUGGUUGAUUUUUUCUAUCAAAACCAUUAAACCAAACCAAACUGCACUAUGAACACCCCUACUUAUCGGUAUGGGUCUGCUAAUAGUUCAUUUCUAUUCUUGUGGUGUGAAUGUUAAAGUACAUAAUUUGUGAAUGAUAUAGCAUAUACUUUCUGGGUGUCUAAAUAUUGGUGAAUUAAGAAUGAUUCUGGUAGAAAGGCCUGAUUUCAGUGUAGAGUUUUAUGUUAGUUGCAGUAGAGAUACUUUCAUUUAACAUUGGAGUGGAGAAGAAGGGAAGAAGAGACUAAGGAUGAGGUUAAUUUGGGAGUUAGGGUUUUAUUUCUUGAAUUAGGUUGGGGACCAAUUUGAGUCAAACAAACUUAUCUGGUAGCAUCCUGCACGUAAGUACAUAACCAUCCACACCGGCUCUCCAUAAACAGCAGUGAGACAAAAGUUCUCUCAAGGACUAAUGUGAUUCAAGGCAAAAAUUUCGGGUGAAAGAAAAGAUUUUGAUGGCAAUCAAAUUUCCAUUCUUAAUUUGUCAUUGCCAAACAGUUCGUUAAUCUGAUUUGAUGUGUUUAUUACUCCUCCACUUCUUGCCCAUUUUCUCCUUGAAUUUCAUGAUUGUGCUUUAAUUUUAUAUGUUACUAUUUUAGUAUUUUGGUUCAGUUUAAGUGCUGGGUGAGGAUAUGAUCUAUGGCACUUGUACCACAGCUUCUAAGUCACUAAGUUUCAAAACACUAGUGUUGCAGAAAUCAUUCAAUUUUCGGGUUCAGUUCUUCUCCAAUUGUUCUCCUAAGAAGCUAAGAAUGGAUAAUAAUCUUAAUUGUAGCAUUGAGGGCAACAAAAAGGGGUCUAGAGGUGCCUUGGUUGUCCUAGAAGGCUUAGAUCGUUCUGGGAAGUCCUCUCAGUGUACCAGACUAGUCAAUUAUUUGGAGGGUCAACGAAUCUCUGCUGAGUUAUGGAGAUUUCCUGACAGAAACACUGAUGUUGGGAAAAUGAUAUCUGCCUAUCUUACUAACACUUCACAAUUGGAUGAUCAUACUAUUCAUCUCCUCUUCAGUGCCAAUCGUUGGGAGAAGAGGUUACUGAUGGAAACCAAACUCAAAUCUGGAACAACCCUCAUUGUUGACCGCUAUUCGUAUUCUGGUGUGGCUUUCUCCUCUGCCAAGGGACUUGAUAUUGAGUGGUGUAAGGCUUCUGAGGUUGGGCUGCUUGCUCCGGAUCUGGUAGCUUACCUUGAUAUUUCGCCAGAGAAAGCCGCAGAAAGAGGAGGGUAUGGAGGCGAGAGAUAUGAAAAGUUGGAGUUUCAGAAGAAAGUUGCUGAAAGCUACAAAGCUAUUCAUGAUGUCUCCUGGAAGUUUGUAGAUGCUUUCCAACCCAUUGAAGAUGUGGAGAAACAGUUGCAAGAGAUAGUCUUUGAUUGUGUGACAGAGUGUCAGAAGGGGAAGAAGCCACUCUCCCUCUUGUGGUCAAAAUAGACUUAUACUCUUGAAAGGAAUGUGGACAAAUAAGUGAGGAUUAAAUGAUUAAUCAUGACCCUUAUAGCUUAUACUGCUCAGUUCUGUUUGUUUCUUCCUAUUUCCUAUGUAUCAUUAGUUAGAAAUUUGUUUUCAGGAUAUAUAUAUAUAUAUAUAUAGGCAAUUUGUAAUCUUAGUGAGAGCACUGUAUAAUUAAAUCUCUCUGAAGGUGACCUUUAUACUUGCACUACACUAGAGUUUCAUGGUUAUGGUAUUGAAAUCUUUAUCCACCAAUUUGGCUUUUCCCCAGAAUCUUUUCCGACUAUUAUAGAUGUAUUUAUCUACAUGCUUCCAGUAUCAAAUUGAGGCUGGAAGCCACUUUUUCUUUGUGGACAGCGAUAAAGUUUCAUCAUGACUUAUGUGAAUUCAAUCAGGGAAGCAUUUCAGAAAGGUAAAUUACUGCACACAAGGAAAGUGAGAACUGAAAUCCACAUAGCCUGGACACCCCCUCCGACGAGGUGGUUCAAGAUUAACACAUGGAGCUUCGAUUGGAAACCCUGGAGAAGCUGGAUGUGGGGCCUAAUCUGAGAUGAACAAGGAAGAUGAGUAGCAGGAUUUACCAUGAAUAUUGGUAUCUGUACAGCCUUUCAAGCAGAAAUGUGGGGCAUUUUACAGGGGCUAAGAACAGCUUGGGAUCUGGUCAUUAGGAGAGUCAUACUUGAGGCAAUCUCUGUUUCGGCUCUGGAGGUACUAAAAAGAGGAAAAAGAAAUCAGAAUCACCUCAACUCUUUGGUGAGAAGUAUUGACGCUAUAAGACAGGAGUUGACAAAUUAGAUUCGCAGUUUCGCGCACACUUAUCAGAAGGGGAACAAAGAAGCUAUUGGUUGUCAAAAUAAAGUCUCAAGACUGCGGGAAUUUCUUUGUUGAUCACCCUCCAAGAGAAUUAAGACAUUAUGAUUUUUGGUUUCUCAUGGUAUUCUUCAGUCCGGCAGGUCAAGGACUAAUAUAUCGUGAAUCUAAGUUUUAUUUAAGGGUUCGUUACUGGCCAAUGGGUUGUUGUAUUCACAAGAAAUUCUAACCUGCAAACACUUAUUUUGGUGAACUAGUGAGUUAACUA